UGUUUGAGCUCAAGUAUUAACCAAUGUCUUUGUAGAUGAUUGAUGUAGGUUCUGAUGGAUGGCUAUACCUCUUAUAUAUUGCUUCCUAAGUGCCUAGUAGCAGCACUCGGGAAUUUUUUGUUUGCAUGUAUAUGCUCUAUAUCUUGUGUCGGCAGUUUGGUUUCUGUUCAUCUUCUUGCUAUUUCAUGAUAUUUGGUUGUUUCUGUUCAUCCUCUUGCUAGUUCAUGAUAUUUGGUUCUUAUUCUAUCAGUUUGAAUUCCAAAAAUUUGUGUAUAAAGGAAAGUCCGUUUCCCAUUUUCUCGGAUUAUCCUGAACCUUAGACCCAAGUUAGUUUGCUAGUUUUGUUUUAGCAGGUUCGUGCAUAAACUUGGGGAAGUGUUUUCUUUUUUCUUUGAUAUUAUGGUAUAUAUGGUCAUGUUUCCUUGUAGCUUAGAAAGUAAUCACAACGUUGGUUGAUUAUUAACAAAUGUUAUGCAAAGACACAAGAAGAAGAAGGUGAAAAAUGUAUUGUGUAUAUUUUUCAUUGCUAUUCUUAAAUUCUUGUCAUAUAUAUAUAUAAAGGAAUUUUACCUACAGCUAGUCGUAUCUAUUAAAUCUUCCAAAAUGCAAGAAUUCUUAAUAGAAUGAUAUUUACACUAUGAGUCACUAAUUCUAGAAGAAUGUAAAAUAACGUUGACACCUUUACUGAUGUUGCUGCCACCGCCAACAUCGGAGGCCUCAUUGGCACCGGCAUCAACGUCAUUGGCUCCACCGUUGACACCCUCACCGCCUUCUUAGGCCGCAGUGUCUCCCUCCAGCUCAUCAGUUCUACUCAAUCCGAUGAGAAUGGCAACGGAAAAGUUGUAAAGGAUACAUUUCUGGAAGGUAUUAUUGCGUCGUUACCAACCUUAGGAGCUGGAGAAUCUGCAUUCAGCAUUCAUUUUGAAUGGGACGAUAGCAUGGGAAUCCCUGGUGCAUUUUACAUCAAGAACUAUAUGCAAGUUGAGUUUUUCCUCAAGACCUUAACUCUUGAAGAUGUUCCAAACCAAGGAACCAUCCAUUUUGUUUGCAACUCUUGGGUUUACAACUCUAAACUCUACAAAUCCCCACGCAUUUUCUUCUCCAACAAGCCAUAUCUUCCAAGUGAAACACCAGCUCCACUUGUUAAGUACAGAGAAGAAGACCUGAAAAAUUUAAGAGGUGAUGGAAAAGGAGAGCGUCAGGAGCAUGAAAGAAUUUAUGAUUAUGAUGUCUACAAUGAUUUGGGGAAUCCGGAUCGGAACGAAAACCAUGCUUGCCCCAUUCUUGGAGGUUCUACCACUUUCCCUUACCCUCGCAGGGGAAGAACUGGUAGAUAUCCUGCAAGAAAUGAUCCUAACAGCGAGAAACCAGGGGAUGUUUAUGUUCCUAGAGAUGAAAACUUUGGACACUUGAAAUCUUCGGACUUUCUUGCAAAUUCAAUAAAGUUUUUGACUCGGUAUGUGCUGCCAGCUUUUGAAUCUGUGUUUGAUAUGAAUUUGACCCCAAAUGAGUUUGAUAGCUUCCAAGAUGUUCGUGAUCUCUAUGAAGGCGGAAUUAGGCUACCUACGGAAGUAAUUAGCACAAUUAGCCCCUUACCUGUCAUCAAAGAACUCUUCCGUACCAAUGGCGAACAAGUCCUCAAGUUUCCACCACCUCACAUCAUUCAAGUGAAUAAAUCUGCAUGGAUGACUGAUGAAGAAUUCGCAAGAGAAAUGAUUGCUGGUGUAAAUCCUUGCAUGAUUCGUAGUCUUCAAGAGUUUCCUCCGAAAAGAAAUUUGGAUCCCACAAUUUAUGGUGAUCAAAACAGUAAGAUAACUGCAGAAGUUCUUGAUCUUGAAGGGUGCUCACUAGAAGAGGCAAUUAAUGGUCGGAGACUAUUUAUAUUAGAUUACCAUGAUGUGUUGGCAUAUGCCACUAGGACUAUCCUUUUUCUGAAAGAGGAUGGAACACUGAAGCCAGUGGCCAUUGAAUUAAGCUUGCCACAUCCUGAUGGAGAUGAAUCAGGUGCUACCAGUAAAGUUAUCUUACCUGCAAAGGAUGGUGUUGAAAGCACAAUUUGGCUACUAGCCAAAGCUUAUGUCAUAGUAAAUGACUCAUGCUACCAUCAACUCAUGAGCCAUUGGUUGAAUACUCAUGCAGUUAUUGAGCCAUUUGUGAUAGCAACAAACAGACAGCUAAGUGUGAUUCACCCAAUUUAUAAACUUUUCUUCCGUGACACUAUGAACAUCAAUGCACUUGCUAGGCAGAAUCUGAUUAAUUCUGAUGGCAUAAUAGAAAGAACCUUCUUGCCCUCCAAGUUUUCUCUGGAGAUGUCUUCAGCUGUUUAUAAGAACUGGGUUUUCACUGAUCAAGCACUACCUGCUGAUCUCAUCAAGAGAGGAAUGGCAGUGGAGGAUUCAUCUUCUCCUUAUGGAAUUCGUCUUGUAAUAGAGGACUACCCUUAUGCUGUUGAUGGACUAGAGAUAUGGUUUGCCAUUAAGGAAUGGGUUCAAGAUUAUGUCUCAUUGUACUAUCCAACAGACAAUGAUCUCAAAAUAGAUCCUGAACUCCAAAAUUGGUGGAAAGAAGCUGUUGAGGUAGGUCAUGGUGAUUUGAAAGAUAAGCCAUGGUGGCCAAAGAUGCAGACAGUUGAAGAGUUAGUUGAAUCAUGCACAACCAUAAUAUGGACUGCGUCGGCGCUCCAUGCAGCCGUUAAUUUUGGACAGUAUCCAUAUGGAGGGCUUAUACUGAACCGUCCAACACUUAGCAGAAGAUUGCUUCCUGAACAAGGCACUGCAGAGUAUGAAGAGAUGGUGAAGAGUCACCAAAAGGCUUAUCUGAGAACAAUUACACCGAAAUUAGAGACUCUUAUUGACCUUACAACCAUAGAAAUCUUAUCAAAACAUGCUUCUGAUGAGGUGUAUCUUGGAGAGAUGGAUAAUCCACAUUGGACAUUUGAUUCAAGAGCAUUACAAGCAUUUCAGAAAUUUGGGAACAAACUGAGUGAGAUUGAGGAGAAGCUAACAGAGAAGAACAAAGAUGGGAGACUGAGUAAUAGAAUUGGGCCAGUUGAAUUGCCAUACACGCUUCAUCCUACUAGCAAUGAAGGGUUGACUUUUAGAGGAGUUCCAAACAGCAUCUCUAUCUAAAUGCAGGGAACAAUAUAAUGAAUUAAUAAUGUGUGGUUUCUUAGCUUUUUCAAGUCUUAUAUAUCAUGUGUAUUUGUAAUGUGCUACAUUAUAUUUGAAUAAUGUGCUUCUGGUUUUCACUUUUCAAAUAAUAGCAAGAGAUGACAGUUGUGUGUGAGGAAAAUUCUGUCUUGUUUAUGAGUUACGACUUUCAUCUGAGAAACUCCUACUAUAUGAAUAUGAAAUCUAAAUGUGAUGAUACAUAUUUUUUGCUGCUAA